AUGGCGGAGGUGUCAUACCUGGGCCACAAGGUGGCGGGCGGCCACCUGAAGCCGGACCUGGCCAAAGUGGAGGCCAUCCAGGACUGGUCCAUGCCCCGGACUAAGGAGCAGGUCCAGGCUGUCAUUGGGAUGGCGGGAUACUCCCGGAGGUUUGUGCCCCAUGUUAGCUCCCUGGCGGCUCCCCUCACGGAGCUGUGUAGGAAGGGGAAGCCGGACAAGGUGGUCUGGACCGAGCAGCGCCAGGGGGCUCGCUGUGCGCUGAAGGGGGCACUUAUCCAGGGCCCGGUGCUGGUAAACCCGGAUUUUAACAACCCUUCCCGGUGUUCUCGGAGACAGGACUGGGGGUGCUGCUGA